GGAGAGAACGAGGGAGUGCUGAAAGGGGAGGACGAGAGGAAGACGGUGUUCGGGCCGGAGUUCUCCCUUCGCUCGCUCGCUCGCUCGUGUGCGUGCGUGCCAGGCAGCUUUCAUGGGUAGAUUGAUUGAGUAAUGGAGUGACAAUACGGCGAGAAAGGGCAGGGAGGGGAGAGGGAUGCGGAGGGGGGCGGGCGGGCGAGCGGUCGGAGGGAGAGGAGCGAGCCUGAGGUGACGGAACGACCGUACACUGUGCUCAUCGCGUCGUAGCAGAGAGCAUGGUCAUGCUGAAUCUCUGAGCUCGCGGCCUUGCGUCGCAGGAUGUGGCUGAAAUCCAGGACGAGUUUCGCAAUUGCCAGACGCAAAUCAUGCACGGAGUGCAGAGAGAACAGCCGUAUACCUUUUACCUUCCAUCGGGGCUGGCGCAGAUGUGAUGUGGUGGUGGUUUUGAGUUUAGCGCAGGAGAGCUGGAUCAAGUGCGCUCGCUAGUGUGGAGUGGAUGGUAGAAACUGCUGAGGGGAUUGCGGUGUGCAGUGUCAAUCGAUUUGUUGCCUUGCGCGUGGACUGGAUGGAUUCUUUUGCGCGCCUUGCGGGGUUGUACUCCCGUACACUUGGGAGAGGUUGACAACUUGCUUUAGCAUGUUUUAUAGCAUACGCAUCUCUCGCCAUCCCAUUUGCAAGAUUGUCUCGCUUCUCACGCUUCUAAGUGCCUGCAUUGUAUAGGGGGGAAGAGUUUUGGAGACCGUAGCAGCAUGGACUGAAAUCCUGUCCCACGGCACAAAUCUAUCGUUUGCAGUAUUUGGGUGGAGCAAUCGACCGAGUUCGGAUUCCGCGGUGCCUGCGGACAGAGCACUCCACGAGCAGCCACGACAACAGCUUCGGGAGCUUGACAAGACGGCAAGGGCGAUACUUAUGUGCUAGCGAUGCGGCAGUGGAGAUACUUGGGCUCGAAGAAGUAGAGAAAGCAGACCGGGGGGGAGGCACCAUGGCCAGGUUGAUAGCAAUUUUGUUGAAUGCCUUGCUCUUUUCCCUGAGUAUCAUCCACGGGAGUAGUAUUUGGGCCGAAGCAGUAGAUGGUUAUGCCUCGAGUGAAAUGGCUUGGGCGGGCAACUCAGGCGGUAGGGUUGGAGACGUGAGCCUUGGGGCGCCGAAGAAAAUGAAGUACACUCGUCAAGCUGAAGUGAAGGCGAGAUGUCCGGCUUUGACAUUGAGAAGCGAGGAAGCUCCCACGCGCACCAGGCGGCGGCGACCGCUGAUGCAAAGAUUAUCAUUUAGAAACGGGGAUUGGGAGCAGGGAGACCGAGUGUCCACAUUGAUGCCAUUCAAGCCGUCCAAUCAGUUCGCGGAUUUGGAGUCUGUACCCAGAACUCAGCUCGCCUCGUUUUGGGUAACCAAUGUCGAUAGAAAUCAGCUACCCGUGCGCAAUGUGGCUGGCAUGGUAGAGCUUUCGAUCACGGAUGGGUCUAUGUCUAUGUCGGCGUCUCCUGUAAUUAUACCAACACACGAGACGCCUUUGUCUCGUUAUGACCUCGAUCAGCCGCGAGCUACAGCCGCGACAAGUUUUCAAGGGACGAGUAGCGAAAGCCAGUUCAUAAUGUAUCCAGGGUUCUCGACUCUGUCCAUCGAGCUUGAGGGAGUCUACCAACAGGCUCAGAACGAGGACGUCCUCUGUAUGCUAGGUUGCGCGUUUCUGCCAUCCCCAGACUCUGGCAUUUCGUGGUCCAAUAUGCAGAAUUUUGCUGGAACCAAGCAGCUGGUGAAGGAUUGUAGCAUCAUGCUCCAGCUGCACUACCCGCUCACCUUCAAUCUCACCUCUCGUGUCAUUCGGGGAGAGCUGAAAAGCCUGAGGAGUCCCGAGGAGCCUUUCUACUUCCCCCCAGUAUUUUUGUCAUCUCAAAUCACAGCGGACUCGGUGUACGAGAGUACAGCGAAGGACAUCGUAGCUUCGGCCUGCAACUCCGAAGAUCAAACUGCCAAGUACGUGGACACUUACAAGCCGAUCGGGAUGGAGUUUUGCGAGCUAGCCAAGGAAUACCUCUCGGAGGGAUGGAUGGAUAUAGACACCAAUUGGAAUUGCUCUGUUUCUCAGGAGUUUUGCGGAAAGAUAGGGCCCUUCGCUCCGUACUCAACGGCUGGGCAUUACGUCAAGGCGCAAGAUUACAAUGCAAGCAAGGCCCAAAUUAUGGUACAAAACUUCCGAUCCCCGUGCUUCACCGAGGAAGAGACGGUAAUUUCUGUGAGUUCCGUUUUCCGUCUCAUACCUGUCGACGAGACCAGGAGCGUCGCGUUUGGACGGUCGGCCUUGGAUGGUCAGACCAUCGUGACGGAAGGCUACUGGGUGAAUGGAUCCGACCACCUUUGUAUGGUCGGAUGUUCCUUGAAUGAUAACACCGGUCAGGCGGACCUCUGCAACAUGAGAGUUUGUAUCAGCAUACCUCUCUCACUCACUAUCAAGCAUCGAAAUAUCUUCGAGGGCACCAUCAACAGCACUCUAGCCGAAAAGGCGUUCCAUCCUCUUUCUUUUCACGUCAAACUCGACUUCAAUCGAGGUUUUCCAUGGAGGUUGAGUUCUCAUCUGCACUACAAUUAUACGAGGGUCGAUGAUGCUGGAGUCCUUUUGGAGAAGGAUGAAGUGGUUUCCAAAUCCUUCCAUUCAAGCUGGUUGAAUUACCCCAAGCUUAUUGGAGAAUCGCUAGCACACUACAGAGUACUGUCGGAAGACCUGAGCUUGCACACCAUGAGCUUGGACAGUAAGGACCUUUCGUACAUCGAUUUUGACGUUGUGGCGAUCGACGAUUAUCUUCCUUUCUUGUGGUCAGGCUGGGUCCAGACAGGCAUCGUGGAGGCCGGAUUGGUCGGGAUGUCAAAUGAUACCAUCCAAACGGAGACGGAUCCACGGGUCACAAAUCGGGUCAAAGAGAAUCGGCAGUAUCUGAACAUCGCUGGAACACUAUCAAUCAGGCAGCCGUUUGAGCGGACGGAGAUGAAAAUCUCCACUGAAGGUCUGUACAGUCCGAAGCACGGUAAAAUGUACAUGCUGGGUUGCAGGAGCGUAACCGCUCAAUGGGAGACCAUCCGUGAGUACUACUGGUCUUUGGACGAAGGUAUGGAUUGCGAGAUUGAGGUGAUGAUUACUUACCCAGCGACCAUUGCUGCUUGGCUCUCGGAUCCGACUGUGGAAGUGGUGGUGAAAAGUAAGCGCGUUGAGGACAGCCCUUUCCACUUCCAAGACAUCAAAGUGCAGACUGAACGCAUCCUGUACAAGAAGCAGCGACAACAGCUCGUCUCUCAGAAGAGUGUGGAGGGGGCUUUGAGCGUGCUGACUCUCAGCCUCAUGCUGGGGUGCAUUAUUAGCCAGCUACUUUACCUCGGUCAUCAGGUCGACUCUACUCCCUACGUCUCCCUGGUCAUGAUCGGCAUUCAGGGUAUGGGGUACGCAAUACCUCUAGUCACUGGUGCGGAGGCCUUGUUGACAAGAAAAUUUGACUACCGAAGGCAUAGCUUUUUCGUUGAGACCGGGUGGGCUCAGAUGAUUGUCUAUCUCGACAAAAUUUUGACCUUGGUUGCUUUCCUUUUCAUGGUCCGCUUAUUUGAAGUAGUGUGGAAGAGCCGAGCCUUCAUGCCGUCUGCUCGUUCUCCGCGGGAGCACAAUGUGGCAGUGACCUGUGCUAUCAUUCACGCCCUUGGGUUCAUCUCGGUGAUGACUCUUCAUUCUCAAAAUAUCGGUCCUCGUGCCGGCGAUUUACUUAUUGCCCCUCCUAGCAUACCUGAGGAGUCACAAGUGGGUUAUAUUCCUGGAGUGGUCAAUGUCUCAUCUGCAGAGUUUCAAUCCUCAUCGUUCUUCGACGUCGACAAAUUGCGACCUGUAUGGAAGGUGGUUUUGCAAGAGUAUGCAGGGCUGGUUGAGGAUCUCUUCUUACUUCCUCAAGCGAUAGCUCUCAGCGUUUGGGACGUGGAAGGAAAACCUCUGCGAGCGAUCUAUUUCGUUGGAUUGACUAUUCUACAGAUAGUGCCACAUAUCUAUGAUUCCUUCCGCAUACCGGGCCUGCGCGGUGUCAGUUACGAGAUCUAUGCGAAUCCUGAUUUCGAUUUCUACACAAGCCUGGGCAACAUCUUGAUUCCGAUUCUUGCCUUGCUCCUUGCUGUAAUGGUCUACAUUCAACAAAGAUGGAAGAAUUUUCUGCGAUUCCCUUCAAGGUUUUCAUACAAGCCACUGAACUCAAAAAUGAACGAGACAGAGCUUGUUCAAAACCAUGGUCGAACUCCUUUACCCCCUAUACCGGAAGACGAUGAGUAGUUUGCCUUGGCUGCACGGACCUGGCACUCCUUGUAAGCCGCACGUUUUCGAAGAAGUCAUACAGGGUAAGUGGUCUUCUUAAGCCUCAGUCUAGCACUUUGUGAAGAUAGAAGGAUGAGUCAGUGUACUAGAUUGCGAGGCCAUUGAUAAGCAGGAUUUGCUCAUUUGGAAAACACCAAAGGAGCACAGCGACCGAUGAGAAAGGGCUCACCCGGCGGAGGGUUUACAGACGAUGAUAUUCUAACCAGAGCUUCUCUCGUUUGUGAGCGUGCAUCUCGGCAUAGCAGUGCCGUUCACGUAGAUCAGUCAUGCAGUUCUAGAGAAGACACACCUUUGGCUAUUGGCAGCUUAUAACAGGCAUCAGCAGGUAUGCCAAAGAUAUGUAGGUUUUAAACUCUAGGAAAGAGAUUGUUUCUGCUUCAGUAUGAAAUUCAUCUGUAUUGGUCAGCACACUCAGCAUCUUUGUAGGU